GAUGGAAGACACCCAGCGACAUCUAGCGGACAGUUUCGGGUGGUUUCGUUUAGAUUCGAAGCAUGUGAUUUUUCUGGUCAUGUGAUUCUGUCAUGUGAUUAGCAGAGACCGGAAGCGAGGAAGUCGGCACGGACCUCACGACGGAUGACGUGCUUGACAGCUCACUUUGGCGAUCGUCUGAGUCGGUGAGGCGCCCCUCCCUGCGCUCGUGACCGGCAGGGUCAUCCGGACCCCGGUGCUGCUUGCAGCCAUGGUGGACUUCCUCGCAGAGAACAACUCGUGCGGACAGGCGAUCCUCCUGAUCGUUUCCCGGGGAAAUGCCAUCAUAGCGGAGCUCCUUCGUCUGUCCGAGUUCAUCCCCGCCGUUUUCCACCUCAGAGACAAGAGCGACCAGCAUAAGUACGGCGACAUCAUCUGCGACUUCAGCUAUUUUAAGGGCCCAGAAUAUUAUGAAAACAAACUAGAGGCUAAAGCUGAGCUUCAGGACAUAGAUGAAGAAUUCAGGGAGAACAACAUCGAAAUACUGUCACGUUUUUACCUGGCAUUCGAAAGCGUCCACAAGUACAUUGUGGAUCUGAUACGGUACCUGGAUGAUCUCAACGAAGGUGUUUACAUCCAGCAAACCUUAGAGACCGUGUUACUGAACGAGGAUGGGAAGCAGCUCUUGUGCGAAGCCCUGUAUUUGUAUGGAGUCAUGCUGCUGGUCAUCGACCAGAAGAUCGAAGGCGAAGUGAGGGAGCGAAUGCUGGUGUCCUAUUACAGAUACAGUGCUGCUCGAUCAUCAGCGGACUCCAACCUGGACGACAUCUGCAAGCUUCUGCGCAGCACGGGCUACUCCAGCCAGCCCGGAGCCAAGCGGCCAGCCAACUACCCCGAGAGCUACUUCCAGAGGGUCCCCGUCAACGCCACGUUUGUCAGCAUGGUCAUUGGCCGCUUGCGCUCUGAUGACAUCUAUAACCAGGUGUCUGCCUACCCACUGCCGGAGCACCGCAGCACUGCCCUGGCCAAUCAGGCGGCCAUGCUAUACGUCUGCCUCUACUUCUAUCCCGCCAUCUUGCACACGCAGCAGGCCAAGAUGCGGGAGAUCGUGGACAAGUACUUCCCCGACAACUGGGUCAUCAGCAUCUACAUGGGCAUUACUGUGAACUUGGUGGAGGCCUGGGAGCCAUACAAAGCAGCCAAGACAGCCUUGAACUACACCCUGGACACAGCUAACGUACGGGAGCAGGCCAGCCGCUAUGCUACUAGUCUGGACAGCCUGCGGCCGCAGGUGCAGCAGCUGUUGAAGGAGGGCUUCCUGCGCGAGGAGAUCGUCCUGGACAACAUCCCCAAGCUGCUGAACUGCCUGCGCGACUGCAAUGUGGCCAUUCGCUGGCUGAUGCUGCACACGGCCGAGUCAGCUUAUGACCCAAACAACAAGAGACUGCGGCAAAUCAAAGACCAGGUGAUCAACGACUCCAAGUACAACUCCAAGAUCCUCUUCCAGUUGCUGCUGGACACGGCCCAGUUCGAGUUUAUCCUGAAGGAGAUGUUCAAACAGAUGCUCGCUGAGAAGCAGGUCAAAUGGGAGAGCUACAAGAAGGAGGGUUCGGAGAGAAUGACCGAGCUGGCCGAGGUUUUCUCAGGAGUUAAGCCCCUCACCCGGGUGGAGAAGAAUGAGAACCUCCAGGCCUGGUUCAGGGAGAUCUCCAAGCAGAUCGAGUCCCUGAACUAUGAGGACUCCACAGCUGCGGGGAGGAAGACCGUCCAGCUAAUCCAGGCCCUAGUGGAGGUACAAGAAUUCCACCAACUGGAAUCCAACCUGCAGGUAUGCCAGUUCUUGGCAGACACCCGCAAGUUCCUGCACCAGAUGAUCCGCACCAUCAACAUCAAGGAGGAGGUCCUGAUCACCAUGCAGAUCGUGGGCGACCUCUCCUACGCCUGGCAGCUGAUCGACAGCUUCACGUCCAUCAUGCAGGAGAGCAUCAGAGCGAAUCCCUCGAUGGUGACAAAGCUCCGAGCGACAUUCCUGAAGCUCGCCUCUGCCCUGGACCUGCCCUUGCUGCGCAUCAACCAGGCCAACAGCCCAGACCUGCUCAGCGUCUCGCAGUUCUACUCGGGGGAGCUGGUGGCCUAUGUCAGGAAGGUGCUACAGAUCAUUCCAGAGAGCAUGUUCACGUCUCUGGCCAGAAUCAUUAAGCUGCAGAUCCAUGACAUCAUGGAGGUCCCCACACGCCUGGACAAGGACAAGCUGAAAGAUUAUGCCCAGCUCGGGCCUCGCUACGAGGUGGCCAAACUGACCCACGCCAUUUCCAUCUUCACCGAAGGAAUCCUCAUGAUGAAGACCACCCUGGUCGGCAUCAUUAAGGUGGAUCCCAAGCAGCUGCUGGAAGAUGGCGUCCGGAAGGAGCUGGUCAGGAGAGUUGCCUUUGCACUGCACAAAGGUCUCAUCUUCAACCCAAAGGCAAAGACCAGUGAGCUGAUGCCCAAACUGAAGGAGAUGACAGCCACCAUGGACGGCUUCUUCCGCUCCUUUGAGUACAUCCAGGACUACGUCAGCAUCUACGGCCUGAAGAUCUGGCAGGAGGAGGUAUCCCGCAUCAUCAACUACAACGUGGAGCAGGAGUGCAACAGCUUCCUCAGGACCAAGAUCCAGGACUGGCAGAGUGUGUACCAGUCAACUCACAUCCCUAUUCCCAAGUACCCCCCUGUGGAUGAGUCAGCCACUUUUAUUGGACGUCUGUGUAGGGAAAUUCUCAGGAUCACCGAUCCCAAAGUCACCUGCUACAUCAACCAGAUGAACACCUGGUAUGACAUGAGGACCCACCAGGAGGUGACAAACAACCGGCUCUUCUCUGAAAUCCAGGACACCCUGGGGACCUUCGGCCUCAAUGGCCUCGACCGACUUCUCUGCUUCAUGAUCGUCAAGGAACUGCAGAACUUCCUGACCAUGUUACAGAAGACCAUCCUCCGGGACAGAGCUGUAGUCGAUGUCUUCAAGGGAAUGCUGAGUGUCGUCAAUCCAGUGAAAGGCAUCGUGGCAAACGCCUCAAAAGUCUACUCAAGCGCGGUGACCAAAACACAGAAGAUCUGGGUGGCAUAUCUGGAUGCAAUCCUGAAGGUCGGACAGAUGCAGAUCCUCAGGCAGCAGAUCGCUAAUGGGCUAAACUACUCCUGCAAGUUUGACUCCAAGCAUCUGGCUGCCGCUCUGGAGAACCUGAACAAGUCUCUGCUGGCUGAUAUCGAAGCCCAUUACCAGGACCCGAGCUUGCCCUACCCGAAAGAGGACAACACUCUCCUGUAUGAGAUCACAGCCUACCUGGAAGCAGCAGGAAUCCACAACCCACUCAACAAGAUCUACAUCACCACCAAACGGUUACCAUACUUCCCCAUCGUGAACUUUCUCUUUCUCGUCGCCCAGCUGCCAAAACUGCAGUACAGCAAGAAUCAAGGAAUGACGUGCCGCAGAGCCGCCGAUCCGGUGGACUGGCCGCCUCUGGUUCUGGGUCUGCUCACUCUACUCAAGCAGUUCCACUCCCGCUACACUGAGCAGUUCCUGGCUUUAAUCGGCCAGUUUAUCCGCUCCAUCAUGGAGCAGUGCACCAGUCAGCGGAUACCAGAAAUGCCUUCAGAUGUGGUGGGAGCACUGGUAUUCCUUGAAGAUUAUGUGCAUUACACAAAACUUCCCCGUAAGGUGGUAGAGGCCCACGUGCCCAGUUUCAUCUUCGAUGAGUUCAGGACGGUCCUGUGA